GGUAAGAUGGCGGAACUGGGGAAGAAGUACUGCGUGUACUGCCUGGCCGAGGUGAGCUCUUUGCGCUUCCGCUGCACCGAGUGCGCCGACAUCGAGCUCUGCCCCGACUGCUUCUCGGCGGGCGCCGAGAUCGGUCCGCAUCGCCGAUGGCACGGCUACCAGCUCGUCGACGGCGGCCGCUUCACCCUUUGGGGCGCCGAGGCCGAGGGCGGCUGGAGCAGCCGGGAGGAGCAGCUGCUGCUGGACGCCAUCGAACAGUUCGGCUUCGGCAACUGGGAGGACAUGGCUGCUCACGUUGGAGCAUCCCGAACGCCUCAGGAGGUGAUGGAACACUACGUGAGCAUGUACAUCCAUGGCAACCUGGGAAAAGCCUGCAUCCCUGACACUAUUCCCAACAGAGUGACAGACCACACCUGCCCCAGCGGCGGCCCGCUCUCUCCUAGCUUGACCACGCCGCUGCCGCCCUUGGACAUCUCGGUGGCCGAGCAGCAGCAGCUGGGGUACAUGCCGCUGCGGGAUGACUACGAGAUCGAGUACGAUCAGGAUGCAGAGACUCUGAUCAGCGGCCUGUCGGUGAACUACGACGAUGACGACGUGGAAAUAGAGCUGAAGAGAGCUCACGUAGACAUGUACGUGAGGAAACUCAAGGAGAGGCAGCGGCGGAAGAACAUCGCGCGAGACUACAACCUGGUACCGGCCUUUCUGGGCAAGGAUAAAAAGGACAAGGAGAAAGCUCCCAAACGAAAGAUCACGAAAGAAGAGAAGGAGCUGAGGCUGAAGCUGAGGCCUCUGUACCAGUUCAUGUCUUGUAAGGAGUUUGAAGACUUCUUCGAGAACAUGCACAAGGAGAGGAUACUUCGGGCAAAGAUUCGGGAGCUGCAGCGGUACCGUCGAAACGGAAUCACCAAAAUGGAAGAGUCGGCCGAGUACGAGGCAGCCAGGCACAAACGGGAGAAGAGGAAGGAGAACAAAAACAUAGCGAGCUCCAAGAGAGGGAAGGAAGAUGGUAAAGAAGGUGAAUUUGCUGCCAUUGAAAACCUGCCUGGCUUUGAACUCUUAUCAGACAGGGAAAAGGUGCUGUGCAGCUCUCUAAACUUGAGUCCUGCACGUUACGUGACUGUAAAAACCAUCAUCAUUAAAGACCACCUCCAAAAAAGACAGGGAAUCCCUUCCAAGAGUCGCCUUCCCAGUUACUUGGAUAAGGUACUGAAGAAAAGGAUUUUAAACUUUCUAACAGAAAGUGGUUGGAUAUCCAGGGAUGCUUCCUGAGGCUCAGCUGGUCUGAAAGAACACAGCAGAGGCCCAGUGCAGCCUCCAGGACUCCCUUAUGAUUUUCUUUUCCUUCCCUCCCCAAAGAGACAGAAAUUAUGUCACUUAAGAUCCACCAAAAAACGCAAGCACAUAAAGCCCUGCAGUGUUCAUGAUCCAUAGUUCAGAUAGACUUUUGCUUUGGAUCAUGGAAAAUACUUAAUUGUGAAACUUCUGCAUUGGAUUCACUGCUUUUGGUACAUCAUGAGAACAGAUCUCUUUCAUGUGAACUUACUUGAGUCCAGUAGUGUCUGAGGAGUUACUUGGCUCCUUACUGCUGGACGCAUGUAGUGUAAUCCUUGCUUUUCUUUGAAGGUGGGAGAUAGUUUCAUUUGCUGGAAACCUUCUUCUCCCGUUGUUUUGUUAUUUUGGCGUCAUGCUGGCAGCAAAGUGAAGCUUACAGAAGUCCUGAGCUCAGGAGCAUGGUGAGCUGGGAUUUUCAUGACCAUUGUUGAGCUUUCAGAUCGUUCUCCUUGGUAACUGCAGCCAAGGGUGAGAGGUUCUGUCAGGAACACAGCAGGGAUGAGCCAUGGCAGGGAGGGGAAGGAGAGAAAUGCAAGUAGGUGAGAUGCCUUCAGGUACUUGUGCUGUGGAAAGCGUUCUUGAAGAGUUGCCUCCACACCCUCUGAAGCUCCAGCAUUCACUGAUGAAUAGCAGAGUUGCAGUAGUAUGAGGCAGCUGCAGUGGUGUGUUCCAGAGGAGGGGUCAGCACUACUGACAAGUGGCUGAUUUGGGCCAGAAAUGGGUUUUGGGAAAAUAGGCAGUGGGUUGUCUUGCUGUGGUUGGGAGCCUUAGGCAGCAAGAUCACACUUUCUUGUUGGGGGAGCCUCCUGCUUUGGUGUCUGUAACUUCUGAGCUUGUAUGGACUGAGUGAUGUAGCUGCCUUUUCUGAUUUGAUUGGGAGAGACAGGGAGUGAGACUCUCAAAUGGAAGGUGAUUUCUGAGAGUGGUUUUUAAAAACUAAACUGAGAAGUGAUGCAGAUCAGGUCAAAGUGCACAGCUGGUAUGCUCCUGAAUCACAGAGCUGUAGGUCCAGCCCUUGCAGGGUUCGAGCUGCACAGACCUUGAAAUGUAUACCAGAAUUAAUGUGCUGAAAUUACUGACGUGGUAGAAGUGGGAUGCAGCCCACCACAGAGGGAACAGUGCACUGGGACAGGUGACUGGUCACAACUUGUAGGGGCUGCAGUCUAAACAGGGUGCUUGCCAUGGACACCAGCUGGUGAUGGAGCACAGCAUGCAACAGGAAUGCCAGAUCCCUGGUACUCUUCUAGCAUGAUGUACCAGUUAAGAGCAAGAUGUUGAAGGAGGACUAGAAAAAGAUUUUCAUGCUCACUUUGUCCUUAAAUUCCCAUCCUGGUAUGUAACUGAAUAAGAAGUGGUGGUUGCCAGGUGGAAUUGCACAAUGCUGCUUGUGCCUGCAACUGGAGGUCAGUUGGGCAGGUCUUCUGGAGUGCACGUGUGCCAAAACAUGGACCUUGACUGGCCUCAGAGCAAGCACUGGAGAUGUCAUCCUGGUUUGCUGCUCUGGGCUGCAGUCAGCGAGGGUACCGCACAAUUCUGCAGCUCGGCAGAGUACGCUGAUCAGGACUGGGUUUCCAUUAAUGCAUCCAGCAUUACCAAGAGAGUGUCACCGGUGAGAUUAGAAUGAAAAGCUGAAAUUACAAAGCCAGCAUUUCUAAGGAAGAAACAAACUAAAACUCUAGUGCCUUUUUCUUUUGAGCUUGUAAUGUCAUGUCCCUUCAAAAGAGGUAAGGGCUAUGUCCUCUGGGAUCUACUACUUUGGCUUACCUGUGAGUGGCUUGUGGAACACUUGGGACAAAACUGUCUCUCCUUGGCAGCGGUGGAGCUAACUGCAGUGUGCUGAGUAGCUUUAACAACCACUUCCACCCUAGGUGCAUGCACAAACAGCACACAGGUUCCUGAGGUGUAAACCCUUGGUUAUUUUCUGCCCUGCUCCUCUGGGAAGGAGGCUCAGCCUCCUCUCUGGUAUCCUUGUUUAUGCAAUUUUGGUUCUUCCUGUAACCUGUUACCUAACUGCUACAGCACACCGUUACUGAGAGCGUUCUGGAGCCUCAACUCUGUGUGGAGCUGGGAGGUUAAAAGAACUGGGAUGGGAGGGGGGUGUUUAUGAAUUUCCCCCCACGCCCCCCAGUAUGUGAUGUUUAUAUUUCUACAGUGUUUUGGCACAUACAAGUCUAACUGAAGCAAUAGCCUAAAGCCCAGCUGAACAGUAACUUAAAAAAAAUCUAGGCACCAAUAAGUCAUUUAAAUGUUGGAAUGAAUUCUACACUUUACUUUCUUAAUUCCUCAGCCCCUACAAAAAAUGUUG